ACCCAGUUCUGCUGCAACUAGUGAAUGGCUCCAGCCGCUGCGCAGGGCAAGUACAAGUGUUCAUCGAGCAGCAGUGGGUCACAGUGUGCAAUGAUGGCUGGGAUCUCCUGGACGCUGCUGUGGUGUGCCGGCAGCUGGAGCCACCCCAGCUGCGCCUGGUGAACGGGCUGGGUCCUUGCACAGGGAGAGUGGAGGUGCUGCACAACGAGCAGUGGGGCACAGUGUGCGACGAAGGCUGGGACCUGCCGGAUGCAGAGGUGGCCUGCUGGCAGCUGGGAUGCGGGGUUGCCAUCUCAGCCAAUGGCUCGGCGCAGUUUGGGCAAGGAUCUGGCACUAUCUGGCUGACCGAGGUGCAAUGCCAAGGAUCAGAGGGUACCCUGGCCGCAUGCAGGGCCAAACCAUGGGGAGUGCAUCACUGCAGCCACCAAAACGAUGCCGGUGUGGUGUGCGCAGAGCCGAGCGAGGUGCGGCUGGUGAACGGCUCCGGGCGCUGCUCGGGACGGGUAGAGGUGCUGCACGAGGAGCGCUGGGGCAGCGUCUGCGGCCAUGGUUGGGACCUGCUGGACGCGGAGGUGGUGUGCCGGGAGCUGGGCUGCGGGGCUGCGCUCUCUGCCUCUGGUUCAGCUCUCUUUGGCCAAGGGCAUGGUCCCGUCUGGCUGGACGGGGUGAACUGCACCGGGAUGGAAGAGGCCCUCUCGAAAUGCCCAGCCGAGCCCUGGGGUGUCCAUGCUUGCGGCCAUGAAAAAGAUGCUGCUGCGGUGUGCUCAGAUCCCACGGAGUUGCGGCUGGUGAACGGCUCCGGCCGCUGCUCGGGGAGGCUGGAGGUGCUGCACGAGCAGCGCUGGGGCAGCGUCUGUGAUGCCGGCUGGGACCUGCUGGAUGCCCUCGUGGUUUGCUGGCAGCUGGGCUGCGGGGCUGCGCUCGCUGCCCCCCGCUCAGCUCACUUUGGCCACGGACACGGGCCCUUCUGGCUGGACAGAGUUCACUGCACGGGGAGGGAAGCAGCCCUCUCCGAAUGCCCUGCCGAGCCCUUCUUGCUGCCUGUACAGCACGUGGAGCUGAGCAUCAGGGGCCCAAGGGAGCUGGCCCCACUGGAACACGGAGCAGAGCUAGGAGCAGUCCUGCUUCUGGUCCCACCCAAGCUCCUGCUGCAAUGCCUGUUCCUCUGCUGUUCGCAUGGGCCUGUCCUGAGCACCUCUUUGCAUUGA